AUGAUUUCUAAAUGGGAUCCUGUCAUGCAAAAACAUUUUGAAAGUAUUAAGAAUAAUGAAAUUAAUUAUCAAUAUCUUAGUCAUAAGAUUCAAAAUGAAUUGAUUAACAAGUUAGGUAAUGAAGUCAAAAGUGCAAUAGUAAAAAAAACCAAAGAAGCAAAAUAUUUUUCUAUGAUUCUUGAUUGUACUCAUGAUGUAAUUCACCAAGAACAAAUGACUCCCAUUAUAUGUUUUGUGGAUGUUUCUACAAGUCCAAUAAAAAUUGAAGAGUUUUCUCUAGAAUUUUUGAAAGUUUAUGACACAACACGUCAAGGAUUGUUUGAAGAAUUACAAAAUGUAUUGAAAACUCUUGGUCUAGAUAUUAAUAAUGUGAGAGGACAAGGAUAUGAUAAUGGAUCAAACAUGAAAGAUAAAUAUCAAGGUGUACAAAGAAAAUUAUUAGAUGUUAACCCUAGAGCAUUAUACAUAACAUGUGGUUGUCAUAGCCUUAACUUGACACUUUGUGAUAUUGCAAAUUCUUUUGUACAAGAUAAUGAUCCCAAAAUUAAGAGUGAAGCUAAAUCUUUAGCAACUCAUGAAAUUGAAAACUUGAAAUUUUUGGAAGAGAUGAAAUUCUUGGUAAGCGAUGGUCGCGUGGAUAAACAUGGUAAAUUUGCAGAUAAACGAACGACGGGAGGAUGGAAGGCUGCUCCUUUUAUCAUAAUGAACGAAGCGGUUGAAAGGAUGGCAUACAUUGCAAUAGCAAUGAACAUGACUCGUUAUUUGGUUAAUGAAAUGCAUCUAACAAUACCAGAUUCCGCCACUCAUGUCACAAACUGGAUUGGAUCUGCUUAUAUUCUCACUCUUCAGGGAGCCUUUCUAGCUGAUGCUUAUUUGGGUCGCUUCAAAACAAUUAUUAUUUUUUCUUUCAUCUAUGCGGUGGGAAUGUUUAUGCUGACAAUAUCAGCAACCUACGACGUAUUCCGCCCGCAAAAAAACAAAGAAGCAAGCCAAUUCCAAAUGACAUUCUUAUUAGGUGCACUUAGCCUUGUUGCUUUAGGCACAGGAGGAAUCAAACCUUGUGUGUCAUCUUUCGGAGCAGACCAAUUUGAUGAAGGGGAUGAAAAAGAAGUUCAAAAGAAAUAUUCAUUCUUCAAUUGGUUUUACUUUGCCAUCAACAUUGGUGCACUAGUUGGAACUACGGUGUUGGUUUAUGUACAAGAAAAAUUAGGGUGGAGUUGGGGUUUUGGAAUACCAACAAUUACUACAAUUUUAUCUAUCUUUGUUCUAGCGAUUGGUAUUAAUUAUUAUCGUUUUCAAAAGCCAAUGGGAAGCCCUUUUACUAGGUUUCUUCAAGUUAUUGUAGCUUCUAUAAAGAAUCAUCGAAGAGGAGUCGUUGUAGAAAAAGAAACUCAUCUCUACGAGGUUAGGACCUCACACUCUGAUAUUAUUGGCGCUCGCAAGCUUCCAAGAACUCUACAAUACAAGUUUUUGGACAAAGCAGCGGUAGUAACACCAAAAACCAAGAUCAAUGAUAGAUGGAAUGUAUGCACGGUGACACAAGUGGAAGAAUUCAAAGCAAUCAUUAAAAUUCUUCCAGUAUGGGCAACUACCAUUGCACUUUCAAUUUGUUUAGGUCAAAUGUCAACUUUUUUUAUAAGUCAAUCCACCAUCAUGAACCGGAAGCUAGGUAACUUUGAAAUUCCAACAAGUUCAGUUACCACAUUUUCCGCCAUCAACGGGCUUAUACUUGUUCCCAUCUACGAGCAUUUCUUCAUCCCGGUUCUUCGAAAACUCACCGGCCACAAACGUGGCAUCACGUCGUUACAACGAAUGGGUGUUGGACUUUUCAUCGCAACCAUUGCUAUGGGUUCAGCUGCAUUAAUUGAAAAGAAAAGACGCGAACAAUACCCGCAAAUACAUAGCAUGAGUGUGUUCUGGUUGGUACCUCAAUUUUUCCUAAUCGGUUCUGCCGAGGUUUUUACCUAUGUCGGACAAUUAGAGUUUUUUUACGACGAAGUGACCGACGGGACAAAGAGUAUUAGUAGUGCAUUGUUUUUGUGUGAGUCUGGAAUUGGAAAUUGGUUGAGUACAGCUUUGGUUAAGAUUGUUAUACUUACAACUGGAGGACAAGAGAAAGGAUGGUUGAGGAAUGAUCUUAAUAAAAGCAAGUUGGAUUGGUUCUAUUGGGUAGUGGCUGCUAUCAAUGCUAUCAAUUUUUUGGUUUAUUUGAUGGUUGCAAAAUUUUACAAAGGAAAAGAAUCAGUGGUUGCAAGAUCAGAUAACAUGGUUGAAUUAAACAACAAUCAACACACUGAACCAUGA